ACAAAACAAAAAAUGGAGAGUUGGCGGCGCUGCGCUAAGCUACAACCCAACACGGAAGCUUUCGCUUCUUGAUUUUAUUUAUUCCGCUUUUAUCAGAACAUUAGUCCGUCACGUCGUCAAACGCUUUCACGGUUGCCCUUGGAGAUGAAUGAAGUGGACUUUGGAGUUGUUGAGAGUUAGCUUAGCGUGUUAGCUGCACGUCGCCGAGCAUAUAAAGCUCAUGUAAAUCUGUGAACGUGCUGAGACAUUCGAUGGACUAAACGUGGAAACGUCGAGGAGUUAUUUCAGACGAAGGCGAACCACGGGGAGCAGCUUGGUGGAGGAAAACGAACGGGAGACGGGUUCGAUUUGCAUGAAACGAAGCAGACAUGCAGCAAGUGUCGGUGGCGAGUCAAGAACGGGUACAAGCUGAGCAGCGGGACUGCAGCUCCAGUUUGAAGCAGGAGGAGCCAGCAGAGCCCUCCAACGUUAAAGAGGAAAAGAGGGACGGGUGGGACGGUCCGGAAAGGGAGCACCUUCGUGAUGUCAUCACGUUCACAUGGACUGGCGUUCACGUAAAGAGCGAAGAGGACGAAGGUCAAUCUUCGCAGCCGCAGCGCAGUCGAAGUGAGGAGAACAAUGGCGGCAGCACAGGUCGCCACGUCCCAGCAGAACCUGAUGUGGAAUCUCUGAAGACUAAUACAAAAUCUAAAGGUGAACAUCCCAGCGGUGACAAACACUUGAAUUGCUCUCAAUGUGGCCGAACGUUCGCCUACAAAAGCGCUUUGAAAACACACAUGAUAACGCACAGCGGAGAGAAACCUUUUGCUUGCUCAGUGUGCGGUAAAAGGUUCUCCUUCAAGCAGAACAUGAGCAGACACGUGUCGAUUCACACUGGGGAGAAACCCUUUUCUUGUUCAGUUUGCGAGAAAAGAUUCUUUAACAAGUUCGAACUCCGACGGCACACGAGCACCCACAGCGCCGAGAAACGUUUGAUUUGUUCGCUCUGUCCACAAACGUUUCCGCAUCAGUCCCAUCUCAGAAUACACAUGAAAAUGCACACUGGGAAGAAACCGUCAGCCUCCGGAAAGUCAAGUCAGCACGUGACGACAGAAGCUGAUAAGGAUCACUGCGAAGAUGUGAACUCAAAACCACAAAACCAAACGUCACACCAUUCUGACACUAAUCAUAGUAAAUACACUCAAGAAUCUUCAGCGGGUAAAAAUAAACUUAAAGGGGACAUGACGCAACACGACGAUUACGAUCACUUUUACUGCUCUGUAUGCGGGAAAGAAUUUGCCUAUAAAAGUCUUUUGAAAACGCACAUGGUCACGCACAGCGGAGAGAAACCUUUCACCUGCUUAGUUUGUGACAAAAGAUUCUCCGCCAAGCGCAGUAUGACGAGGCACAUGGCGACGCACACGGACGAAAAACGCUUUUCCUGUCCCGUUUGUCACGUGCGUUUCCCUGAUAAGUCCGAAAUGAAAAAACACUCGAUCACGCACACCGCCGAGAAACGCUUUCUAUGUUCGGUUUGCGCGAAAAGCUUCUCUCACAGGUCCUAUCUCAGGCAACACAUGAAAAGACACACCGCGGAGAAACCGUUCACAUGUUCCGUGUGCGGCCGAGGUUUCUCGCAUCGGUCGUAUCUCAAGAUACACAUGGUGACGCACACCGGAGAGAAAGCUUUCACUUGUUCCGUUUGUUCGAAAAGAUUCUCCCAUAGGUCGUAUCUGGGCGUUCACAUGAGAACGCAUACCGGAGAGAAGCCGUUUCCGUGUCCUGUUUGCGCGAAAAGUUUCUCACAGAGCUCGUGCCUCAGACAGCACAUGGUCACGCACACCGGGGAGAAACCGUUCAAUUGCAAACUGUGCGCGAAAAGUUACUCUCAUCGCUCACAUCUCAAGCAACACAUGAUAACGCACAGCGGGGAGAAACCUUUCACUUGCCCGGUUUGCGCUAAAAGUUUGUCGAGUAGCGCAUAUCUCAGAAAACACUUGCAAAAGCACACCGCGAACGGUACUUUGUCCUCCAGCAGUCUGACAUCAGAAGCCGGGGGAAGACGAGCAGAUGACAACUUGGCGCCGCAGUCGGAUUUGGACGACGUGAUGUCGGACUCCUCUGACUUCGAUCAUGCUGGCGAAACCAAAGAACCUUUAGAGACUGACGGAUAAGAACCCGUCACUUUAAGUGUUCUGAAUGUUGUGAAAUGUUGGUCAGAAAAGGACUUUUGGGGGGGAGGAGUGUUAGAAAGUGUUAUAUAAGAUAGUAUUUAGAAGUGUCAUUUCCGUAAGUACGAUAGAGCUCGUGCACGUGACAUCACCAUUUUCACGGCGCCAUAUUGCAGGUCAAAAAGAGCCGCUCGACAGUGUGGGGGACAUGGAACCGGGGCAGAAUAUUCACAAUGCCCGAGACUCGUUGUGCUGUUGGUUGUCGCCACAGACGAGACAGAUAUUCAAAGAGGUCAUUCUAACAGCUAACAACAGCUGAAAAGAUGAGAAAAUAUCGAUGAAUUUCGGCAAAUAAACGUGAUGGAUGGUGCCCAACCAAAAUACAUACACAACUGUGUAGCGAUCAUUUCUUUUCAGGUAGGAAUGAUUUUUCUUCAUCUAAAAUUCCCAAGAAGUAUUUAUCAUGCCAAGUUGGCUCUUUUGAGAAGAAUGCGCACAAAAAAAAAAAAAUGACAGGAGUCGUCUCCAAUGUACACGGAAGCGUGUUGCGACCACAUGUUACAGUUUGUUAAACCUCUCCCUGACGGAUGUUUUUUUUUCUUUUUUAACACGCAUUGUUCUCAUAUGAGUCCAAUGCAUAUUUUAAAAAAUAAAAUAAACCGUCGGUUACAGAGAGGUUUACGUAGGUUUACAUGUGGCCGCAACAGGCUUCCGUGUACGGGGACUGAAGCCUAUCACGGCGGUUUAUUUUAUUUUUUUAAAUACGCAUUGGACUCAUUUGAGAACAAUGCAUAUAAAAAAAAAAAUUUUGUCACGGAGAGGUUUACCGAAGCUUAACGUUGGGCCGCAACACGCUUCCGUGUACGUCGGAGACGACUUGCAAGAUUGUUUUGCUAGACCGGCCGGUGACUUGAUCUAGAUGUGUACCUUUUCGGGGUGUGGCCUAUUGAGUGACAUCAGGAGCUGGAGUGAGCUUGUUUUGCUAUCAUGUGGAAAAAUAAUUCAUAAUCAUUUCAUUUCGAGCACAAGUACAUCAAGGUAUCACUGGUGCGUUAGCGGAUAUUUGCCACCGUUGCCUUCACGCGUCCACUAAAAAAAUGAACUGUGUUGCGGAGACGAAAACUGCAGUAAACGAAGCUGCGGGACUUGGAAACAACCGAUACAUUAAAAUGCUCGCUAUGAAGAAUAUUUCGCUUGUGCUAA